UCAAAGAUAUUUCUUCCAGUGUUGUAUAGAUAUUGAAAUGAAGGGUUAUAGUUAACUGAGAUAUCUUAUCCUCCAAACUUGUUUGUUUGGUCUAAAAAUCCCCCCUUCAAAAGCUUUUGAAAAACAACCAAAGGGCGCCAAAUUGAACAGAACCAGAAUUAAUUAAUGGCUUCCACUUCAACUUCUUCAAUAUCUUUGCAAACCAAUGCUCAAAAGCCAUGCUUCCCUUCAAAGUCAGCACCCAGAAUAUCCCACACAAACCUUAGUUUUCCAUGUUCAUUGCCACUAAGUACUAAAUUUGUAUGUGUGAAGUCUUCUAGCACUGCCAAGUACUACAAUGAAGUUGUGGUGGAUGAAGAGAUGGAUAGAAUUCGAAGGCUCCAAAACGGGUCUGAUGUUCGUGGGGUGGCCUUGGAAGGCGAGAAGGGACGGACAGUGGACCUAACACCGCCGGCUGUGGAGGCCGUAGCAGAGAGUUUUGGCGAAUGGGUCAUCAAGGGCUUGGAGAAGGAGCGAGGACAUCCUGUGGAGAAUGUUGGAGUGUCCCUUGGCAGAGACCCAAGAAUAUCAGGAGCAUCUUUGAGUGUAGCUGUAUUUUCAGGCCUGGCUCGAGCAGGUUGUUUGGCCUUUGAUAUGGGACUUGCAACUACACCUGCCUGCUUCAUGAGUACAAUUUUGCCUCCAUUUGCCUAUGACGCUUCAAUCAUGAUGACCGCAUCUCACUUGCCCUACACCCGAAAUGGUCUCAAAUUUUUCACCAAGAAAGGAGGACUAAGCUCCCCCGAUGUGGAAGACAUAUGCGAUAAAGCUGCCCGGAAGUAUGCCAAUAGGCUCACCAAAGUUUCAAUAUUGCUUAAUAUUCCUCUAUCAAGAGUUGAUUUCAUGAGCACUUAUGCAAAGCACCUCCGAGACAUUAUCAAGGAGAGAGUUAACCAUCCAUUGCAUUAUGAAACUCCACUCCAAGGAUUUCAGAUAAUAGUGAAUGCAGGUAAUGGAUCAGGAGGUUUCUUCACAUGGGAUGUCUUAGACAAGCUUGGGGCAGACACCUUUGGCUCUCUACACCUUAAACCAGAUGGGAUGUUUCCCAACCACAUUCCCAAUCCAGAGGACAAAACUGCCAUGGCAGUAACCAGAGCUGCAGUGCUAGAAAACUCUGCUGAUCUUGGAAUUGUGUUUGACACUGAUGUGGACCGCAGUGGUGUUGUAGAUAACAAAGGCAACCCCAUUAAUGGUGACAAGCUCAUUGCUCUAAUUUCUGCUAUUGUAUUAAGGGAACACCCCGGAACAACCAUAGUGACCGAUGCUCGUACAAGUAUGGCACUUACACGGUUCAUCGCCAAUAGAGGGGGACAACAUUGCUUAUAUCGGGUUGGUUACCGAAAUGUCAUUGAUAAGGGAGUCCAGCUUAACAAGGAGGGCAUUGAAACUCAUCUCAUGAUGGAAACAUCUGGACAUGGUGCUCUUAAAGAGAACCACUUCCUAGAUGAUGGGGCUUACAUGGUGGUAAAGAUCAUCAUUGAGAUGGUGCGCAUGAAGCUUGCAGGAUCGGAUGAAGGGUUUGGUAAUAUCAUCAAAGACCUUGAAGAACCAGCAGAGUCCCUAGAGCUAAGGAUAAACGUGGUCUCUGAGCCAAGAUAUGCAAAAGAAAAAGCCAUUGAGGCCAUUGAAACAUUCCGAGAGUACGUUGAGGAGGGGAGACUUGAAGGGUGGGAAUUAGAUUCAUGUGGAGAUUGUUGGGUGAGUGAAGGCUGCCUUGUAGACUCAAAUGACACCUCAGCUGCUGCCGUUGACGCUCACAUGUACAGAGCAAAAGUAUCAGAUGAGGAACAUGGACAACAUGGUUGGGUACACAUCCGGCAGAGCAUUCACAACCCAAAUAUUGCAGUAAACAUGCAAUCCUCUGUGCCUGGCUGCUGCCAAACGAUGACAAGAGUUCUUCUAGAUAAAUUUAUCAUAGCAAAUGGAAUGGAUAAAAGCCUCGACAUUAGUCAGAUCGAAAAGUAUGCCAAAAGUGGAAUUGUAGGCUGAGCUGCUAUAAUCUGUGGAAGUAUA